AUGGGAAGCUGGUGCCUGAACCUCUUUGCAGGUGUCAGUGUCCUGCUGGCUCUGACAGGUGUGGAAGGGAUGAACUUUGGAGCUUUGUCUCCAUGCUCUGAAAAUGAUGACUGUGACACACAUAACCAUUAUUUAUAUAAAGAUGGAUCUAAGUCCAGGUCUGCAAGGAAAUACAUCAUCAUGUCCUCAAAGGAAUGUAAAGAUAUUGAUGAGUGUAAGAAAAAUUGCAAGCCAGAAGUCUACUCUGAAUAUAAAAGCGGAAGUUUCUGCUGCAUCCAUGUGGUAGAAAAUGUGAAAUUCUACUUCUUCAGUGGUAUUGUUUUCAUUAAUCAUCCAGAGAUAUAUGAGGACAUCAGUGAGUUGACACGGCCACCUUCACCAGUGACCCAGAGUUCAUCAGUGAAUAUUUUGAGUAAUGUGAAUGACAAUGAACGCAAAAAGGACAUUCCUAUAACAAAUUCCAAACCACUUCCACAUGUGGGUUCCUCCUGUGCACAAAUGAACAUGGCCUUCAGAAUUCUGGAUGAAGCCUCGAGCAACCAAACCACCACCGUUUCUCUGAAUAACAUGACUGAGAGCUUUGGCACUGUGCUUGAACAAAUACAUACAUGGUCCACCUUUAUCAAGGAAGUGACAUCUACCCUGGCUACCAUCAUGCUGGAGAGUGUGCAGAGUAACAUGUUGGCUGCUUUUCUGAAGCCAUCAGUGAAUGAAAGUCAGACAAUUCAGACUGAACAUUUAGAUAUUGAAAGCAAAGUCAUCAAAGAAGAAUGCACUGAAGGGAAUAUAUCCAUUAAUUUGAAAGCCAAAGGGGACGAAAUGAGGAUUGGAUGUUCCACUAUAGAAGAAUCUGGAUCCUCAGAGACUUCCAAGGUGGCUUUUUUCUCCUAUGAGUGCAUGGAGUCUGCUUUAGAUAAGAGCUUCUUCCAAGACUUCCAGGCACCCUUGACCAACUCCAAGAGGAAGCUGAAGAUGAAUUCUCGCAUCAUCAGCAGCAUCUUGUCUGGGGAGAAUAAAGAUAACUUCUCAGGUCCAGUUAUCUACACUCUGGAGAACAUCCAGCCAAAGCAGAAGUUUGAGAGCCCCAUCUGCAUUUCCUGGGACACGGAUGUGCAGGGUGGGAGGUGGACAUCCUCAGGCUGCGUGAUCCUCAGUGCUUCCAAGACCCACACCGUCUGCAGCUGUCAGCUUUUGGUGAACCUGGCCAUCAUCAUGGCUUCUGAGGAGCUCACAAUGGAGUACUCCUUGUAUGUCAUUAGCCAAUUGGGCCUGACCAUCUCCCUGGUGUGCCUCGCCUUGGCCAUUGCCACAUUCCUGCUAUGUCAUUCCAUUUGCAACCGCAACAUGGACCUCCACCUGCACCUCUGUGUGUGCCUCUUCCUGGCCAAGAUUCUCUUCCUCACCAGUGCUGACAAGACCAGCAACCAGUUGGGAUGUGCCAUUAUCGCAGGCCUUUUGCACUACCUGUUCCUCGCCUGCUUCUUCUGGAUGCUGGUGGAAGCUGCCAUGCUGUUCCUGAUGGUCAGGAACCUGAAGGUGGUGAAUUACUUCAGUUCUCGCAACAUCAAAAUGCUGCACCUGUGUGUCUUGGGCUAUGGACUCCCAGUGCUGGUGGUGGUUGUUUCUGCCAGUGUACAGCCACAGGGCUACGGGAUGCAUAAUCGUUGCUGGCUUAAUACGGAGACUGGAUUCAUCUGGAGUUUCCUGGGGCCAGUAUGCAUAAUCAUCAUGGUCAACUCCAUCCUCCUCACUUGGAACUUGAGGAUCCUGAGGCAGAAACUUUCCAGUGUCAAUGCCGAGGUCUCAACGUUCAAAGACACCAGGUUACUGACGUUCAAAGCCUUUGCCCAGCUCUUCAUCUUGGGCUGCUCUUGGGUGUUGGGCAUUUUCCAGAUUGGAGCCAUGGCCAGUUUCAUGGCCCACCUGUUCACCAUCAUCAACAGCCUGCAGGGCGCCUUCAUCUUCCUCAUUCAUUGCCUGCUCAACCCCCAGGUGCAAGAAGAAUACAGGAGGUGGUUCACAGGGAAGAUCAAGCCCAGCUCUCAGUCCCAGGCCUCAGGGGUCUUACUGUCAUCCCUGCCCUCCACUUCCAAAAUGGGUUAAAGUCCAUUAUUACUUCAAAUAUGUGAUUGAUCAAUAUUUGCAGAC